AUGGGGACUCCAAAUGAUCAGGCCGUCUUGCAGGCCAUCUUCAACCCCGACUCCCCGUUUGGAGAUAUUGUUGGGUUGGACCUGGGAGAUGAAGCAGAGAAGGAAGUAGACGAAGAUGAAGUUUUCCCGCGAGCACAGCUGGAGCAGUCCAAGGCCCUGGAGCUGCAGGCGGUGAUCGCAGCAGAGGCUGGUGACCUCAGCACAGCCCUGGAGAGGUUUGGCCAAGCCAUCAACCUAUUGCCUGAGAGGGCCUCAGCCUACAAUAACCGAGCCCAGGCCCGGCGUCUCCAGGGGGAUGUGGCAGGCGCCCUGGAGGACCUGGAGCGCGCGCUGGCGCUGAGCGGCGGCCGAGGUCGCACCGCCCGCCAGGGCUUUGUGCAGCGCGGGCUCGUGGCGCGGCUGCAGGGCCGGGACGACGACGCCCGCAGUGACUUCGAGCGGGCGGCGCGGCUGGGCAGCCAGUUUGCGCGCCGCCAGCUGGUGCUGCUCAACCCGUACGCGGCGCUGUGCAACCGAAUGCUGGCCGACGUGAUGGGGCAGCUGCGCCGGCCCCGCGACGGGCGCUGA